AUGGAUGAUGGAAUUGACCAACCCCAAAUGGGAACACGAGCGGAUAAGUCAUUGGGACUUUUGACACAACGCUUUAUACGCUUAUUAGAAUGUUCUGCUGGUGGAAUUUGUGAUUUAAAUCAAGCUGCUGAAGCGCUAAGUGUGCGUCAAAAGCGGCGAAUUUAUGACAUAACUAAUGUGUUGGAAGGAAUUGGUCUGAUUGAAAAGAAGUCGAAGAACGUAAUCCAGUGGAAAGCUGGUGAUCUGUUGAAAACUGAUGAGAAAGAGGAUGAUCCGGACGUAAUUGCGCAUCUGGAAAACCUUAAGUCAGAACUGGCACAGCUUCGAGAAGAAGAGAGUGCUUAUGAUGAGCACAUCAAGUGGUUGCAACAGAUCAUUAAGAGCAUGCGGAAUGUCUGCGAGUCAUCAAAGAAUCAACGAUUUGCGUACAUUUCACAGUCCGAUAUUCACAAAGUAUUUCCCUAUUCAAAUACUUUUGCUGUCCAAGCUCCGCCAGGAACUAAUGUCGAGGUGCUUCCGCCUAGGUUUGGUGGUGUCAUAGACACCCGUUAUUUGCUCCGGUUAUCAAGUUCUUGCGGACCUAUUACUGCUGUAUUUGCCAACAAAGAAGAAACGAGACCCAGGGUUUACAGAGCGGUUGUUGAUGCGGCUCGCUAUCACCCAGUCGAACAAGAAUUGUAUACAGAUGAUCCAGGAUCAAUAGUUGAAGAGAUAGAUGAUACAGUAAGAAGUUCAAGAAGGCGUCGGAUAGAGGAGGUGAAAGGAAGUUCCGGUUCUGCUCGUAGCUAUCGUGUCAACCCAACUAGUCAUGGUGCUGACAACUUUGAGAAAACUUCUGAAUGUGCGAUUGUGCAAGUUCAACCACCUCCAAAUCAUGAGGAUUACCAGUUUCGGGUCAAGAAUUAUAGUAGUGCAUUUGACCUCUUUGUGGAUGAGAUCUAG